AUGUCGUUCUCAAAAACAAAAACAAAAAACACGUCCGGAUUCACAAGAGAUUCUAAACCCGGAUUCACAAGAGAUUCUAAACCCGGAUUCACAAGAGAUUCUAAACCCGGAUUCACAAGAGAUUCUAAACCCGGAUUCACAAGAGAUUCUAAACCCGGAUUCACAAGAGAUUCUAAACCCGGAUUCACAAGAGAUUCUAAACCCGGAUUCACAAGAGAUUCUAAACCCGGAUUCACAGAGAUUCUAAACCCGGAUUCACAAGAGAUUUUAAACCCGGAUUCACAAGAGAUUCUAAACCCGGAUUCACAAGAGAUUUUAAACCCGGAUUCACAAGAGAUUCUAAACCCGGAUUCACAGAGAUUCUACAACCGGAAAAAGAAUCAAGGAUUCUCUAAAGAUUCUAACGAGCUCAGCCCCCGGUCCCAGCCCUCAGCCCCCAGGCCCCGACCCCAGCUCCAGCCCCGACCUCAGCCCCCAGCAACAUAA